CUAUAAUCUGCCCUUAUUUAUCCAUAGUUUUUCCUAAGCUUGGGUACAUCAUUUGGUAUCAAAGCUAGUUGUUGCUCAUCUCUCAAGGACCAUACACACUUCCCCAACUCCCUCCCUAAAUUUGGCCUAACCACAUUCAAUCCCUACUCCCACUUCAUCCCUUUUCCUAUCAACCAUGUCAAACCAAUCCCGAAGCAUGUCUCAUGAAGAACUCGUAGCCGCAAACGCUGCCUUGCAAGCUCAAGUGGAAUACCUAGCCAAAGAAGUGGCUAAGCUCACAAAGCAAAAGAUGUCCAUGCUACGAGAUAGUGAAGAUGAAGAGGAAGCUCGCUCUAGUGCCACCAUGAGAGCUAGGGCUCAUGAAAAGUUUCAUUCUGACUUCAAAGUUGAUAUUCCAAUCUCUGAAGGAAAGAAUGAUCCGGAUGAAUUUCUUGAGUGGUUAGAAACGGUGGAACGAGUCUUUGAUUUUAAGGAAAUCUCCGAUGAGAAGAAGGUCAAGAUCAUGGCCUUAAAGUUCCGAAAGUAUGCCUCUACUUGGUGGACGAAUACCACCACCAAACGAGUUCGAAGUGAGAAGCCCCCCGUUGAUUCUUGGCAAAAGAUGAGGAGUCUUUUGAAGAAGAAGUUCCUGCCCACCGAAUACUCACGAGACAACUUUUCUAAGCUUCAAACGCUUAGGCAAGGUGCGAAAUCAGUGGAGGAUUAUACUCGGGAAUUCGAAGAGCUCUUGCUAAGGUGUGACUUGCAAGAAAACGAGGAGCAAACCUUUGUGAGGUACCUUUUCGGAUUAAACACUCAAAUAGCCAAUACGGUGGAGCUGCAAAGCUACACAACUUUUGAAGAGCUUACUAAGUUGGCUCUCAAAGUUGAGGCUCAAAUGAAGAAAUCCAAAGCCAUCCUCUCAAGAAACCCUCCCCCUUACUCACGCCCCACAUACACCUCAUCCAAAGUCACCCCUACUGCCCACGGCCAAACCCCCAAACCCCAAACUCCAUCUAAGCCAAACCCUACUCCUCCCCCACCUAAAACAGCCCCUACAACCAACAAAAGAGCCCCCGUUUGUUACCGAUGCCAAGGAACUGGUCACUACGCCAAUGAGUGCCCAAACAAGAAAAUAAUGGCCUUGGUUGAGUGGUAUGAUCCAUUUUGGGUUGAACUCAUUGACCCGUCCCACAUUAAAGCCCGAACCAUGACCCUUCUCUCCCAAAACCCAACCUAGGCCGAAAUGCCUACAAGCCCAACACACUCCCACAUAUCCAAAAGUAUUUCAUUUUCCUUUAAUAACCAAAAUAAA